AUGGCCCAGUGGGAGCGGAUGGCAGGCAACUUCGCAAGGCUGUGGAAUUUCCCCAACUGUGUCGGAGCUGUGGAUGGGAAACACGUGACCAUCCAAGCCCUCCCUGGCGCAGGCUCCGACACAUACAACUACAAGGGAUUCCACAGCAUCGCCCUCCUUGCAAGUUGUGAUGCUACAUACAAGUUUACACCUGUGGAUGUCGGCCAGCCAGGUCGUUUCAGCGACGGGGGUAUUUUUCGGGGCUCCGAAAUGGGGCAGUCCUUAAUGACUGGAGGCCUUGACCUUCCCCCCCCUGCACACCUCCCUGGAACACGCACUAAGCUGCCCUACGUGUUUGUGGCUGAUGAGGCGUUCCCCCUGCUCCCAAACCUCAUGCGCCCUUAUCCAAGGAAAGACCUCACGGUGGUGCCAAAGGUGUUCAACUAUAGGCUCUCACGAGCACGGAGGGUUAUACAGAACACCUUUGGCAUCUUGGUUGCAAGAUGGCGCAUCUUCAGGCAGCCGAUCCAGGCCUCAGAGGAGAAUCUGGAAGCGAUUGUCUGGGCAUGCGUCAGCUUGCACAACUACCUGAGGACGUGUGACGAGAGUGAGCAAGGGGAACGCCGCUACUGCCCUGCUGGCUAUGCCGACCAAGAAGGUGUGCUUGGGGAUGUCGUGCUUGGCCAGUGGAGGGCCGAGGUGAACGAUGGCGGUGCCCUUGUAGACGUGGGCCGCACAAGCUCAAACAUGUACAAUGACGAUGCCAAGAAGGUGAGGCAGACAUACGCUCGGUACUUCUGCUGCCCCGCUGGCGAAGUUACAUGGCAGUACAAAAAUGUUUACAAAGGCUUGACACCAGCUGUCCAAGCACCCAGUUGUCCCUAAGGCCACUCACUGCAUAUGCAAAGGUUAUUUCCGGGAAAUUGCCCUGUUGGCAUCGUCACCAAUUAUUUAUCACAAUGUACAGUCGCUCUAGUUGUACCUUUGGUCCUGGGGACCUUUUCACCCGCUGCCAUAUCCCAUCUUGGGAUGACGUCCCAUCACGUCCCAUCUUGGGACGACGUGACAUGGCCGCCAUAAAAUGAAUGAAGUUUCUUGCUCGACUAUCUGUAGCUGUU